UCUAUAGUGCAUAAGUUUGAGUUUUGAGCUGUGAGUUAUCCCAUAACAUCUCAGAUUUGCAUACAGAGAACAUAAAUAUGUUAUACUUUCUAGCUUUCUCUUCAUCUUUUCUACUCCUCUAUGGUGUUGUGAGAGUUUCCUACACAAUUUGGUGGAAGCCCAAACUGCAAGAGAGACGCAUAAAAAGCCAAGGAAUAAGAGGCACUCCUUACAAGCUGCUGAUCGGGGACAUGAAAGAGUUUGUGAGGGCGAUACAAGAAGCAUGGUCCAAACCCAUUAGCUUAACUCACCAGAUCAUUCCACGAGUGAACCCAUUCACCACAAAAAUUGUGCAGAAAUAUGGGAAUAUAUCAAUGUUUUGGAUUGGGACAACACCAAAGCUGGUUAUCAAGGAUCCAAAGACGAUGAAAGAAAUCUUGUCAAACAAGCUAGGUCACUUCCAAAAGCCACCAUUGAACCCUCUUAUUCUUAUUUUGACAAAGGGAACGGCAACUUUAGAGGGUGAACAAUGGGACAAACGCAGAAGGAUAAUCAACCCCGCUUUCAACCUGGAGAAAUUGAAGGGGAUGAUACCAGCAUUCACAACUAGCUGUAGCAAGAUGGUUGAACGAUGGCAGAAGAUGGCUAAUCCUCAAGGACCUUGCGAAGUUGAUAUUUGGCCUGAACUUCAAAAACUUACUGCAGAUGUUAUUUCUCGAGCAGCAUUUGGAAGCAAUUAUGAAGAAGGGAAGCAUAUGUUUGAGCUUCAAAAAGAGCUGAUCACACUAGUCCUUGAAUCCAUGCAGACCACAUAUAUUCCUGGGUUUAGAUUUAUGCCAACUAAGAAGAACCUUAGGAGAAGGGCACUAGACAAAGAGAUCAAAUCAAUGCUGAGGAACUUGAUUCAAAGGAAAGUGAAUUCCAUGAGAAUUGGAGAAUCCAGGGUUGAUGACUUACUAGGCCUGCUCUUGCAAUAUAAUAAUCAAAGCAGUGCACCAGGAAAUGCAAGUGGCACAGAAGAUAAUGGCUUGUCAAUUGAAGAGAUCAUAGAGGAAUGCAAACAGUUCUACCUUGCUGGCCAAGAGACAACUUCAAGCUGGUUGGUAUGGACUAUGAUAGUCUUAGCUAUGCACCCAGACUGGCAAGAAAAGGCAAGGGAAGAAGUCUUACUAAUCUGUGCAAAGAAGGAACCCAAUUUUGAAGCUGUAGGGCACCUCAAGAUUGUCACCAUGAUACUUUAUGAAGUCCUGAGGUUAUACCCACCAGUGAUCGCUCAAUAUCAGCAUACUCACAAGGAAACCAAGAUAGGAGAUAUCUCCCUUCCAGCUGGUGUCGAUCUUGUACUACCUACACUGCUCAUCCAUCAUGAUCAUGAACUUUGGGGUGAUGAUGCAGAAGAAUUCAAACCAGAGAGAUUCUCUGAAGGAGUUUCAAAGGCUUCAAAGGAUCAGUUAGCAUUCUUUCCUUUUGGGUGGGGACCAAGGACCUGUAUUGGCCAAAAUUUUGCCAUGAUAGAAGCUAAGAUUGCUUUGGCAAUGAUUCUCCAAAAUUUCUCAUUCGACCUCUCUCCUUCCUACACUCAUGCCCCUUAUUCUGUUUUGACACUCCGACCACAACAUGGAGCUCAAAUCACAUUACACCAGCUUUAGUUGUAAGCUGGCCAGUGGCAUGAAAGACUGUAUAUUAAAAAAUAAUGUGAUUCUGCAUCACAAAUGAAUAAGUAGUUUUCUGUUCUAUUUC